AUUGAAAAAAACAUUAGUGCAAAGCACAAAAUGAACAAACAGAUGGUAAGAGUAAAACCAACACAAAAAAAUGUUGUAUUCUAAAAUAGUUAGUUCUUCGUUCUUGCACAAAUUUUUUAAAUGGUCAAUGAUUAGGAUCUCAUCUGACAUUGUCCUUCCCCAGCAGAAUUGUUUCUCGAGUCCCUGCCUGAAAAAUUAUUUUCUCCCAAUUGACUUUAUACAUAAUUGAUGUUAAAAAUCAAUGAAAAAUAUUCAAUUCCCCCUUACUGGUAGGGCAAGUGAUUCACUAAAUGAGGUGGGUAAAUUAGGAGAGUGAAGAUAACUAUGACAUUUCAAAUGUAAAAAAUGGAGUGGGAAGACCAUUUUUGGACAUCAAAGCUUGCCAUUUGGGGAGAUGAUUAGUAGAUAGAAAAGUACACCAUUUACUCUAACCUCUUCAGAAAUUAUACGAUUUACCCCUAAACUUAAAAAAAGUGCACAAUUAACCCAAAACUCUUAGAAAAUUACACGAUUUAUCCUUGAACAUUAAAAAGUACACAAAAAAAUGGUCACAAAAUUGAAGACUUCAACAAGAUGUACUUCUAAAAUGCACAAAGUAGCUGCCAAAUGAUGCUAGAAAAAAAGUUCAAUUGGCAAAUCAAUGUGAAAGAAGACUUUAAUGUGGCACCAUGCUCGUGUGACCUGAAAGGAAGACAUACAAAACAGGCCAUAUUUCUUUGGUGCAACCAUUGCCUAAAUCAAAACUGUUCAUUUCCAAAAACAAAUUUCUGAAGAUUCAUUGUUUUUUAAACUCGAAUUCUGGCCAAAAAGCAAUCAGAGAACUUUGAAGGUAAAUGAUCUGGUUUAAUUCCACAUAGAGAAAUUCAGAGAUCUAUCACCUCAUCACAUUGCUCGGACCGGAAACAGAUCGGAAAUUCCGAAAAUUCGUACUGUCAAAAUAAAUAUCCAAAUGCGAUAACGAAAUCGAUGAAGGAUUUGUUGAAAUGUUUGUUUUUGACAGAUCAAAGCUGAACACGAAGCUGAAGGCCAGCCAAACAAAAUAGCCAAAAACAGUGAAUUUUGCACCUUUUUACCUUUGCUCGAAUCUUCUGUCCAGCCACGAGCUCACGGCUGCAAAGGGCUACUCGGUGCGGAUUGAGAAGAGUUAAAGAUUAACCCUUAAAAUUUAUAGGAAAGAUGUGCAUUUGAGGCGGGAUGUCUCACAUUUCUAACCAUUACUGUUCCCUUUUGAAACUUUGCUGCGAGACCCAAAGCCAUGCUCAAGUAAAGAAGCUCCACUGCCGGAUAAUCAAAACCAUCUCGAGCAUAGAGACUUUCUUGCUGAACAAUCUUAUCAAUACAUACAGCAAGAUUGGAAAUUUCGUUUACGCCCGCCAUGUGUUCGAUCAAAUUCCCAGGCCAAACCAGUUUUCUUGGAAUACCAUCCUCUCCACAUACUCCAAAUCUGGGGACUUCAUGAAAAUGGAGGAAGUAUUUCACUUGAUCCCUAAGAAAGAUGGAGUUUCUUGGAAUUUGAUCAUUUCUGGUUAUGCCUCCCACGGGUCUGCUGGUAAAGCUGUAAGGGCUUAUGAAUUGAUGUUGAGGGAUGAGAGGAUGAAUCUAAACAGAAUCACAUUUUCGACAAUGAUUAUAUUGUGUUUGAGCAAUGGUUGGAUCCAACUGGGCAGGCAAAUUCACGGACAGAUAGUGAAGUGUGGGUUUGAGUUGUAUGUUUUUGUGGGGAGUCCCUUGACGGAUAUGUAUGCGAAAUUCGGAUUAAUCCGGGAGGCAAAACGGGUUUUUGAAGAGUUGCCCGAAAAGAAUUUGGUUUUGUCUAACACGAUGAUUAUGGGGUUUCUGAGGUGUGGGAUGGUGAAAGAGUCAGAAAGGUUGUUUAUGUGUUUGCCAGAGAGAGAUUCUAUAACAUGGACAACAAUGAUUACCGGUCUAACACAGAAUGGUCUAAAUAUAAGAGCUUUAGAUUUUCUCAGAGAAAUGAGACUGCAAAAUUUUGACAUUGACCAGUUUACUUUUGGGAGCAUUUUGACGGCAUGUGGAAGUGUGAUGGCCUUGGAACAAGGAAAACAGAUUCAUACUCAUGCAAUCAGAAGUUAUCAUAUGGACAACAUUUUCGUGGGUAGUGCGCUUGUUGAUAUGUAUUCCAAGUGCAGAAACAUUAAGUAUGCAGAGAAUGUCUUCAGAAACAUGAAGAGAAAAAAUGUUGUAUCUUGGACGGCAAUGGUAGUUGGUUAUGGCCAAAAUGGGUACAGUGAAGAAGCUGUUCAAACCUUUUGUGAGAUGCAAAAGAAUAUGGUAAAGGCAGAUGAAUUUACUUUAGGAAGUGUCAUUAGUUCUUGUGCUAACCUGGCAAGCUCAGAAGAAGGUGCCCAAUUCCACUGCCAAGCAUUAGUGUCUGGCUUGAUUUCCUUCAUCACGGUUUCCAAUGCACUCGUGACCCUAUAUGGUAAGUGUGGAAGCAUAGAUGAGUCCCAUAAACUGUUCUGUGAGAUAGAAUUUGCAGACGAGAUCUCUUGGACUGCAUUGGUUUCUGGGUAUGCUCAAUUUGGAAAAGCCACCGAAACGAUUGACCUCUUUGAGAAAAUGCUCACACAACGCCUGCAACCUGACGGAGUAACUUUUGUUGGGGUUCUUGCUGCUUGCAGUAGGGCAGGACUAGUAGAUAAAGGGAAGUAUUAUUUCGAUUCAAUGGUAAGAGACCAUAAAAUCACACCUACUCUUGAUCACUACACUUGCAUGAUUGACCUAUUAAGCCGAUCUGGACAGCUUGAAGAAGCGAAACACUUCAUAGAAAAGAUGCCUUAUGAACCUGAUGCAAUCGGUUGGGCAACACUCCUAAGCUCAUGCAGAACUCGUGGCAAUAUGGAGCUUGGGAAAUGGGCAGCAGAGUCUCUUUUGCAAGCAGAACCACAGAAUCCUGGCAGCUAUGUUUUGCUUAUAAGCUUGAAUGCGGCUAGAGGAGAGUGGGAUGAAGUGGCUAGGUUGAGGAAGUUGAUGAGAGAUAGAGGUGUGAAAAAGGAACCUGGGUUCAGUUGGAUCAAGUAUAAGAACAAGCUCCAUGUUUUCUCAGCUGAUGAUAAGUCGAGCCCAUAUUCAGAUAAGAUAUAUGCAGAGCUCGAAUCAUUGUACAGGAGAAUGAUAGAGGAUGGUUAUAUUCCAGAUGUGAGCUCUGUCCAGCAUAAUGUUGAAGACUCUGAGAAGGUGAAGAUGCUAAACCACCAUAGCGAGAAGCUCGCUAUUGCCUUUGGGUUGAUAUUCGUCCCUCCCGGGCUCCCCAUAAAGGUGGUUAAGAAUCUCAGGGUGUGUCUUGAUUGUCACAAUGCAACUAAAAUCAUUUCCAGGAUCACUGGAAGGGAAAUUUUAGUGAGAGAUUCUGUUAGGUUCCAUUUGUUCAAAGAUGGAAAAUGCUCGUGUGGUGAUUUCUGGUGACGCGUUCGCUGAUGUGCGUUGGGGAGGAGACAUGAAACGGGUGAUCUUGAAACACAAUCGAUCUCGACUACACCUGAACAUCUAUCGUCAAGUAAACAUUGUGAUGAUCC